AUGGGUCAGAUUUUGUCGAAUCCAAUCAUCGACAAGGAGAUAGAUAGUGGGACGGACGUGUUGACGGCGUUUGGGCUGUGUGCUAUGCAAGGAUGGCGAAUGUCGAUGGAAGACGCACAUGUUUGUGCAGUAGACGUGGGGUCCGAAAACAGCAAACACAGCCAUGUUGCGUACUAUGCGGUCUUUGACGGCCAUGGAGGGUCUUCGGUGGCACAAUUCUGCGGUGUGAAGGCAGCCAAGGUGUUGCAAUCCCAAGAAUCGUUCCAACAGGGUAAAUAUGCGCAAUCACUCAUUGACGCGUUUAUCGCGUCAGACCGGGAGAUUUUGCGGGAUCCGCUUCUCAGAAACGAUCACAGUGGCUGUACCGCUACGACAAUGCUGGUUUCAAAGGAGCAGCAACGGUUGUUCUGUGGUAACGCCGGUGACAGUCGAACAGUAUUGUCGCGUAACGCAAUUGCCAAAGCAUUGUCGUACGAUCAUAAACCUACACUAGUGAGCGAGAAAUCCAGAAUCGUGGCUGCAGAUGGAUUUGUGGAAAUGGAUCGUGUUAACGGUAACUUGGCCCUCAGUCGUGCCAUUGGAGAUUUCGAAUUCAAAUCCAACCCAAAUUUACCACCACAUGCACAGAUCGUAACGUGCGUGCCCGACGUGGUGGAACAUUCGAUAGACUAUGAUCAAGACGAGUUCGUUAUUUUGGCGUGUGACGGAAUUUGGGAUUGUUUGUCGUCCCAAGAAUGUGUUGAUCUAAUCCAUUACGGUAUCAAUCGGGGCGAUAUGAAUUUAGAACAAAUUUCAUCUCGUAUUGUCGAUGUGUGUUGCUCACCGACUACAGAAGGCACCGGUAUUGGUUGCGAUAACAUGAGUAUUGUUAUUGUCGCGUUGUUGAAAGAUGAGGAAUCGGUGGAACAAUGGUUUUCUCGAAUUAGAAGCAAAAAACACGUUGCUAACGUUUCUUUUGAAGAAAGAAGACGCGCCGUUUUCUCCUUCUACGACUUCCCAAAGAAUGAUGCCGACGUUUUCGCGGUCUCAACCAAGAAAACAGACGAACAUGGCAACAGCUAUACUUCCAAUGAAGACGAGGAUACUGAAAUGGAUCGUAACGAGCCUCCAGCAGGUCGUUCUCAAAUGGACAUGUUUUCGUUAGAAUCCCUGUUGGGUGCCAAUGGUAUUCAGGUAUCACAGGGCGGUAAUAACGUUUCCUAUAUUCACGGGUCUGCACUUUCUGAGGUCUUGGCAUCGCUUGGAGGUGGUGGAGGCGUGAAUCAGGCCAUUGAUGAAGAAAAUGAUUCUGACGAAAAGAGGGAAAAACUUGAAGAAGUAAAGGAUUAA